GUCAAUGAAUUUCUUGCCGGUGCUGGAACUGAAGCACCAGAUGUUGAUGAGAACAUUGUCUCUAGACCUUCUGGUAGUUAUGAUGACAUGUGGGCCAAGACACUUUUGGAGAGUACAGAAAUGGAGGAAGAUGAUGUCAGGUUGUUAGGUUCUUCUUCUCCUGAGUAAACAGGAUCGGUUGAAACUUCCAUAUCAUCUCACUUUGGUGGAAUGAACUAUCCUUCAUUGUUCAGUUCCCGACCAACUACUUAUGGGGCUUCACAACCAUCGGAGAGAUCAGGUGGAAGUAGGUUUAAUAAUCCUUCAUCUAUGUAUGAGUGUUAUGGUUAUCCAAUUAGAGAAGAACCUCCACCAUAUACAUCACCUGAACGCUAUGAUUCAUUUGAAAACUCCUUAGCUGGUCACGGGUCCCACAGUUUUGAGCCCCGGGGUGAUGAUCGUGUGUCUUCUGGAAACCCACAAUUCGGGACCGCAUUGUAUGAUUUUACUGCCGGUGGAGAUGAUGAGUUGAGCUUAACAACUGGAGAAGGUGUUGAGAUCGAGCAUGAAGUUGAUGGAUGGUUUUAUGAAGUACUAUAGAAGAAUGUUGAAAAUUGAGUUAUGAUCAUGCUUAUCCAAUUAU